AUGCCCAAUUUCUCCGGCUCCUGGAAAAUUGUCCGUUCGGAAAACUUCGAGGAUCUUCUCAAGGCGCUGGGUGUGAAUGUGAUGCUGCGGAAGAUCGCGGUGGCCGCCGCCUCCAAGCCGGCCGUGGAAAUCAAGCAGGACGGCGACAACUUCUACAUCAAGACGGCGACCACGGUGCGCACCACCGAGAUCACCUUCCGGGUCGGGGACGAGUUCGAGGAGCAGACGGUCGACGGUCGCCCCUGCAAGAGCCUGGUGCGGUGGGAGACGGAGAACAAACUGGUGUGCGAUCAGCGGCUGCUCAAAGGGGAGGGGCCCAAGACGGCCUGGGCCCGGGAACUCACCAAUGACGGCCAACUGAUCCUGACCAUGACUGCGGACGAUGUCGUCUGUACCCGAGUCUACGUCCGGGAGUAGGACCUAGAGGAGGGCGACUCCUGGGACCAGAUGGGCCGACGCCCCCCUAACCCCUCCCUCAGCAGGGACCCCGUUUACCGCGCCCCGUGCCCCCUCCCCCAGGUUAGU